AGUUCCAUUGCUGGCUGGGCGUGCGGCGUGAAUCGCUGCUGCUGCUGCUGCCGCGGCGGCUGGUGCAGCUGCGGGGAGAGCGGGGCUGGCGGCGGCGGCGGAGGGAAAAGGGAUGCUGGCGGAAUGGGCGGCCGGGCAGGAAAGCGGCGAGCGGGAGCCGGAACUCCGCUGAGAAGCGUCCGCGCUGCUGCUGCUGCCAGUCAAGGGAAGGACGUGAGCCGAGCCCCGCUGGUGAGGUUUGGCGCCGGGCAGGCUUCUUUCUGGGAGCACUCAUCACCAGUCUAAGAGUGGAAACACAUGCUCAGAAGUUUCACACUGGGCCACACCAUGAGGCUGAACCUGUUCUUCCCACAGCUUAAAUCCCGGAAGACUAGGGUGGGAAUCAGAAGCAUCCAUGACCUUAUUGAGGUUCAGCAUCAAGCAGCCCUAUUCUCUUUGAUGUCAAGUGGGGUGGACACAGUCAAGUAUGGCAGAGAAUGAAGAACUAUUGACAAGAUGGGUGUGGCGAUGCAAUGGCAAGAAUGUCAGAUUUUUAAACGGAAGCAGAAAAAACAGGACGUCUUGAGAAGUUAGAUGAUGCGCUUCUGACGAAAAGAAGGGGAGAAAGAAGAACCCCAGGUCAUCCUUUAAUCAGCUGUUGGCAAUGUUUUCGGGACCUUUGGGCAAACUUCACUUGAUGAUGCCAAGUAUAUGAAAUAGCACGUUGCCACAAGGAAUGGGGACUACACAAGAGAAGGAAGACCCCUCAAGACGUUAAACCUUUUUUCUGAGCUCCAUGAAUGCGUUCCAAGUUGCUUCUCUACGUCGAACUUUACGGCUUGGAAAGUAACAUGCUGCCCUUGUGGGAGAGGCCAGAGGUAGCGAGGCUAUUCAUUUGUUCUGCUGAAUAGGAGAGCUCCAGGAACAAUGGCUUCAAAAGUCUCCUGUUUGUAUGUCUUGACGGUCGUUUGCUGGGCAAGUGCUCUGUGGUACUUAAGUAUAACACGACCCACUUCGUCCUACACAGUCAACAAAAGUUUCCGCACCAUCUCAAUAGCUAGAAAGAAUGUCUCCUUCGGCAAUAUAAGGACUCGGCCAAUCAAUCCUCACUCGUUUGAUUUCCUCAUAAAUGAGCCGGAGAAAUGCGAAAAGAAUGCCCCCUUCCUGGUCAUUCUCAUCAGCACCACACACAAAGAAUUUGAUGCCAGGCAAGCCAUUCGGGAGACAUGGGGAGACGAGAACAACUUCAAAGGUAUUAAGAUUUCCACUCUCUUUCUUCUGGGAAAAAACACAGACCCCGUGUUAAAUCAGAUGGUGGAGCAGGAAAGUCAAAUCUUCCAUGACAUCAUCGUGGAGGAUUUCAUCGACUCCUAUCACAACCUGACUCUGAAGACAUUGAUGGGAAUGAGGUGGGUGGCGACAUUUUGUUCGAAAGCCAAGUACAUCAUGAAAACGGACAGCGACAUCUUCGUGAAUAUGGACAACCUCAUUUACAAAUUGCUAAAACCCAAUACCAAGCCGAGGCGGAGGUACUUCACUGGCUACGUCAUCAACGGAGGCCCGAUAAGGGAUGUCCGUAGCAAGUGGUACAUGCCUAGGGACUUGUACCCUGACAGUAACUACCCGCCAUUUUGCUCGGGCACUGGCUACAUCUUUUCAGCGGAUGUAGCGGAGAUGAUUUACAAAACCUCCCUCCACACAAGACUUCUUCAUCUUGAAGAUGUGUACGUGGGACUUUGCCUGCGGAAGCUGGGCAUCCACCCUUUUCAAAACAGUGGCUUUAAUCACUGGAAGAUGGCCUACAGCCUAUGUAGAUACCGGCGCGUUAUCACAGUGCAUCAGAUAUCACCUGAGGAAAUGCACAGAAUUUGGAAUGACAUGUCAAGCAAGAAGCACCUCAGGUGUUAGGACACUUUGCAGAUGUAAAUGCUUUUUGUAAAAAUAACACACACACAAAAAAUUAAUUGAGUAGAGAGUAAAUGGAUGUCUUUUGAUUGGAAAAUGGGAUGCUAAUUUCCAGGAGGGGAAGAUCUUCUGUAUUUUUUGUUUUGUUUUUGUUCUUCUUUACGGCUUUGAUUUCUGGUUUACAGACCACAUAACGCAGUUGUCAAAAAAGGUAGGGUCACAUCUGUCUUGGCCAGUCUCAUAACUGCAUAAAGGGGACAAAUGACUGCUAGAUGCUGUGUAAUCUAUUCCUAUUACACCUCCAGAAUAGGAACCCUCCUCUAAGGCAAGGGUAAGCAGUCUGAAAGAUCAAGAAUCCUAGCUCUUUCUUUCUUGAGCUCAUGCUCACUGAGAUGGAUUUGAAUGGGGAAAGCUAAGCAGUUUUAUUAUGGUCUUCUAUUUCAAAUUAGCCUCUCCUUCCCCUAAAUACUAGUGGCCUCCUGAUCUGAAGCAGAACAUGGGGCUGUGGUUGGAAGAAGAAGAAAAAUCAGGAGUCUCUCUCCAUGCAGAGGAUUCUUUGGAAGCAAGUGUUUAAUCUCACCUACCUGGGAGUAAGCCUUACUGGAUUCCACUGGACUUACUUCUGAGUAGACAUGCAUUGUUAGACAUUAAAACACAGACCCCAAAAUGGGAUGGUGCAGGGUUUUUAUUUUUAAAAAAAUCACUAUGCACAAUUUCUUCACUGAGAUGCAACAUAAGGCCUCAAAAUACACUAACAAUAAUGAUGAUGAUGAUGAUGUUAAAAUACAGAACAAAAAGUGCGUGCCAAAAUACAUUACAUUAUAUUCUUUACAAAAGGCAAAUUUCUCCAGUAUGUAAACUGCAAAAAAGGAACCUUUUAGAACUUUGCAGUUUUAAUACAGAUGGUGACAUGCCCAUUUAUCAAAAUAAGAUUUUCCGUUUUAUUAUUGUAUUUGUAGACACAGAAUUAAAGAUCACAUGAUUAUUAAGGAUGUGCAGUAUUGUUAAAUAAAACAAAAUGUUAACUGGAAAACAUCUGUAACUGCUGUGGGAGGGAAGCAAAUCCUCAGCCGACACUUUCACUAGCUCAGUGUUAAAAACCGUUUGUUACGGCACUUUGCUUUUCAAAGAGCCUAAGUGCUUUUUCAAUUAUAAAAGGCUGCCCAUAGGAAUUAUAGCACUGUAUUCUGUAGAUAUAAGCAUAAUUAGUUUUUCCCCCAUAAUUAAAAGGCCUAAGAGCUACAUAGAGAACCAAUAGAAAGGGGAGGGCUUUCUGUUUAUUACUCCCUGCAUGCCUUUCCCAGUGACACUAGUAGUAAUUAGAUUUGAAGCCAGCAGUUAUCAUCAUUUGACAGACACAUUGACAACUUCGUAAUAAUAAGCCACACACAUCGCUAGGUCAAUUAAAAGCAGCGAUACCCAAUAUUAAAAAAAACAAAGAGAUUGCUGUUACAAAAUCAAGCAGUGGACUCAACUCAAAAUCUUUCCUCAAUUUACCAGCAACUCAAGCUGGGUGGCAAGGAAACUGGGUUCCUCAAGGUGUCAUUGGAUGCCAGCUCGUGGUUAAGGAUGCCAAAACCUUCCCACUCCUGAACUAAAGCAACUUUGUGGACCAUUCCCAGUAUUUUUUAUGGGCCAUCUCAUAACUAUUUGAUUUAUUUUUUUCUGGACAGCAGAACCACAGGGCACUCUGGAAGGAGUAGUUCAGGAAUAGCCAAUGUGGUGCCCUUCAGCUGCUGUGGACCAUAACUCCCAUCAUCCCUGACGAUUGGGCCCUGCUGGCUGGCAACUGAUGGGAGCUGGAGUCCACAACAUCUGAAAGGCACCAGUUUAGUACCCCUGGAAUGGGCGGUAAUUUCUUUCCACUUAGAAGAGUAGCAGAUAAAUCCUCAGCUUGUUUUGCUCUUCAUACACAACACAUAGUUUGAAUGGAAUAUUGUUAACAACCUCCUUUCCCCGCCCCCUGGCUGCUUCCUAUGUGCCACAAGUGAAUUCAGAAGUUACGAUUGAGCAGGGGCAGGGUCCGUUAAAACACUAAUGAGCGUGCUCUCCUUUAGUUGAGGGGAUUGGAACGUUUUUGAUGCAUAUUUAAUAGCCUGGACUCCGGAGAUAUUUUCUGAAAUAAAGGGUGGAAGAAAAAUAUUACAAAGCCCCCUACACAGCACAGGUUCCAUUUCAUUUUUUUCUUUGUUUCUUUUACUAAGGAAAGUGUUUCUGCUGGAAAUACUACUCAAAGAUUUAGAGCAAAUCUAUUACAGAUGCUCAGUCAUUUGUUGUUUUCACCUGCCAUUGAUGCUUCAAUCUGUGGGAGAAGUUCUGCAUGGGUGGAGAAGCUUCCGCUGUGGAGGUUGUGGUCUCCCUCAAGAGGAUGUGGACUCUCUUUCCUUGGAGGUUUUUAAGCAGAGAUUGUCAUAGAUGCUUUAGUUGAGAUUCCUGCAUUGCAGGGGGUUGGACUAGAUGGCCCUUAGGGUCCCUUCCAGCUCUAGAAUUCCAUGAUUCUAUCCCUGUUGCAUUCAAUGCCUUUCCCUAAAAAUCAACAAUCCCCUGUUGCUUUUCCCAUGGCAGUGGAAGAAGCAGCUGGGGGUCAUUCCCCCCCCUUAAGCUUAAAAUACUAUUCGAGGGGGAAAGGUUCAUGCCACACACAAACACAUCUCCCACUCUAGUAAACAAUGCAUGUGGCUCAGUGUCAUGUAAAAUUUGACGCUUGCAUUUGCCAAAAAGCAAAAGGGCAGUGGCAUUAUGAUUGCCUCAUGAUUUGAAAUUAACAAAAGUGUCUCAAGUUGAACGUUCAAAAACCACCUAUUCCUUUCCCUCCUUCUCUUGAACGCUAGUGUCAUUUGUGUGGUGCCACAGAGUACAGCAGUUCUGUCAAGAGAUUCCAGGAAGAUGUCCACUUCCAGCCCAACCCCACAUACCUGCUUCCUUAGCCCAAGCAGAGAGAAAAGUUUCAUAUCCAUCUAAUUCAUGCUGGUGAUAAUCCACAUUAAAAAGUAUAACAGCACAGAACACCUGCUACGCAAAUAAGGAAUUUUGAAAAUAGCAGCAAAGAAAAAUAAGCCCACUUCUGAUCACACAUAACUAUAUUAAA